AUGAACAAUAAACGUCCUAUUUCUGAAGUAUAUUUAGAAGAUACUAUGGAUAUUAAUGAAUCGUGGGAGUUAGAUUAUGAUAUAAUAUCAGAAUUAAGUGAAGAGAUAGAUGAGGGUUUGAAAGAAGAUGAUUUGGGAGAUGGUUUGGAAGAAGCUGAUUUGGAAAAUGAUUUGAGAGAUGGUUUGGAAGAAGCUGAUUUGGGAAAUAGUUUGGAAGAAGCUGGUUUGGAAGAAGAUAGUUUGGAAGAUAGUUUAGAAGAAAAUGGCCUGGUAUUUCAACUUAAAGUUGGCAAUGAGUUUAAAGAUUGGGACACAGCUGAGAGACAACGUAGACUUGAAAAAAAUAAAUAUGUUGAAAUUAUACAUCGUACAUUUGAAUGUAAAUCUUCGGGUAAAUAUAAGGUAAAGAAAAAAGCUGAUAAUGAGGAUAUUCGUGAAUAUGAAAAAAUGCUUAAACAAGUUGAAUUUCUUGUUAAUAUUGGUUGUGAAGCAGGAAUGAUAAUUCGUGGGCUUCAACAAAACUUUUCUAAUGCAAUAAUUUACCCUAAGAAUGUAUAUAAUGCAAUUAAUCUUUUUAGAUGUAAUAAACGUUUAAUAAAAACUGAUGCUUCUGAGACCUAUGAAAAGUUAAU